UCUGGUGCGGUGGAUCAUCCGUCAACGAACGUCGCUCUGGAUUGGAUAAUCAAUGUUUUGAUUUCAUUUCUGCCGUCGCAGCUGGUUCGUCGCACGACUCGCAUUAAUCGUGAAAAUAAAGCCCUGCCCCGAGAUGAUCCGACAAAUUUGGCUGAAAAACGACAUUCUCGUUAAGCUGGUGGCCGCCCGCGCUUACAGUGCCCCAUCGUCGUCCUCCGCCGGUCCCAAGGGGCCAGCCGCUCCGGCAGCAGCGCCAGCCGAUGUUCCUGGGCUAAGCUCGCGGUGUGUUGCGAAGAAGGAUGGCCCAGUUGGCCCGGGAGCGGAACGGACCGGAACGUACAAGGUGCCGGAAUACUUUAGCUACAACCAGACGAGCUACUUUGAGGCUGAGAUUGAAAUGUCCAAGUUCCGCAUCCCGCAGCCCUCGGCCAAGAACUGAACACCGGGUGGCUUCUGUGAACUGUAAAUAAGCGGCAGCGGAAGUCCGUUAAAUAAAGUCAUUAGUUGGAGGAUGUGAUCCCGUACCGAA